AUGGACACUGCAAUAUCUGGAAAAGGAGCAGGAAGGGAAACUGUCAACAAGUCAAAACCUCGCUUCGCAACUCCGCUCCCACAGUCGCCUCGCUCCGAUAUCCUCGAGUGGCGGUUCCCAGCGCCAUACUCUCAGUAUAUCUUGACUGGUCGCUCACGAGCAGCCUGGCACACAUCUUUUGUGAUCCCGCAGCUCAAUCUGCUGCUUGACGCAGGUCUCGUCGUGAACAACCUUCGCCCAAAGCAUAUUUUCUUGACACAUGGCCAUAGCGACCACACAUUACUCACGCCCUGCUUCGUCACCAGGGCUGAUAGGCCAGACAUUUACUGCCCAAAAGAGAUGGUAUGGGCACUAGAGGCCUUCAUUGGUGCGAAAACCCUCUUGAACAAAGGGGGCCUCAUCACUGCCGAUGACCUCGAGGCUGCUGCGGACUGGAACGAGGAUGAGGGCGACGAGGUUGAGGUUGAGGACCAGGCAUCAAGUCAAAAUAAAGGGCAAGCUGCUUCCACAGACCCGGCACAGGCUGAUAGAGACUGGGAUGGCAAAGGCAUACGCCCAAAAGGGCGGACAUCGCUGGACACGCAUGUGAUGCACGGCCUCACCGACGGCGAGACCAUUCCGCUGAGACGAGCCCAGACCUUCACGGCGACCGCUUUUGCAUGUGACCACACGGUGCCUUGUCUUGGCUACGUCUUUGGGCUGAAUUCGAGGCGGCUGCGGCCCGAGUAUCGUGGUCUCCCGGGCGCCAAACUCAAGGAGCUGCGGCAGACCCAAGGCGCCGAGGCCAUCACCGCGCCGCACUUGACGCCAUUGUUUGCAUUUCUAGGAGACACGACGGCAGCGACAUUGGCAGCGGGUCCUGACUGGCUCCAGGGCGGGAUCCCCGUCGUCAUCACCGAGUGCUCCUUCUUGUUCGAAGAGCAUCGGGCUCAGGCAGAGAAGACCAAGCACACCCUAUGGGCCGACCUUGAACCUGUAGUACGCCGGUUUCCCCGCACGACGUUUGUGCUGGUGCAUUUCAGUAUGAGAUACAGUGAAGAUAGCGUCCGGCGCUUCUUUGCCGAGUUGCCGGACCCCCCUACCAAUAUUGUGGUAUGGGCGGAUGGUGAAGGGGACGACGGCGUGUAA